GCCAACUCGACCGUUCGAUCAUCACGCCCAGAAAAUAAGAAAAGAAAAACCGACGGUUCAUCACCAUCUCAUCCUUCUUCUUAUGUCGUCCUCAUACGUAUGCCUAUCUUUGAACAGGGGACGACGCAGGACCUUGAUAGGUGGUAUACCAUGAAGAUUCCUGGGGGCGACGGUGCAGAAGGGUCGAUCUCUGAAGUUUGGACACGAAGAUCUGUAAAUGAGAGAUCUACCUUUGCAUUGAUAGGCUCCGAUCUAUACUGUUUUCGUGGCAAACUCUUGGAUUUUAAUGCUUUGAUUCCAAACGAAAUUUCCGAUGUAUGGAAGAAUUGUUCUUGGGAAAUUCUUGACCCUGUCCGUCGCAAGGUUCACGCGAAUUGUCGUAGGGGACAAGCAGGAAAGGCUCUUGCGGUAGGAGAUUAUUUAUAUUGGAUUGUAGAUGCCGCUCACUUGCUGGCCUACAAUUUCGAGUCGGAUUUGUGGCUAGCAGGGGAUAUUAAUGGUCUGAAUAUUCUGACCCAUGAAUAUCUUGAUUCCGAUCUUCCUGGUUUGUUCCAUUUGGAGAAGGAAAGAUUCUGCAUUAUACACACUGCAAUUAAUCGCUAUCCACGUGAUAGCUAUGUCCAGUGCAUCCUAUUUGAUGUCUUUCCUAUGCCCGAGUUGAAGAGUUUGCGUAUAUCCUUUGUUUCCACCAUCAAAUAUAAGACGUCUCGACCCACUUCCGUCUUGGAUAGCUUUUUAAUGAGUUGAGUUUGUUGUGGUCUUGCAUCAGGAGUUGAGUUUGCUGUGGUCUUGCAUGAGGGGUAAGUAGAUUUGGAGAAGUCAAGCAAGAAGAAAGUGCAAAGAGUACAGGGAAUUAUGAUAAUGUGUAAAUCAAACUGGGGCUGGUUAUGUUCAUUGUCAGAGAAAUAGUCCUCGUACCGAGGUGGAGUGCCAUUGUUCUAUAAAACAAUUGGGUCCCCAAGAGGUGAUGACCUUGUUCAGGUCUAAGCUGAAGGAAUGGUACCACAAGGAAUUUGUACUUGAUGAGGACAACCACUGGAUGCUUCAGGAAUGGAAGGGCUGUAUUGUCUAUGCUUGCUCUUGUUGGGUGCCGAAUUAGGAUGUUUGUGGAAACUCAUAAUUGUGGGCUUGGCCAGCAAUUAAGGAUACCUCAGGCACAGUGCAAACUAUUGUCCUUGCUCAAUUUUCAAUGUUGUCUAUUUUGUACGUGCAGGUCAUAUGCUUGCUCGAAGUUGGUACUGUACGUUGGAAGAGGGACAAAAUUGAAUCUUGCUUGUUGAAUUAUGCAUUCGAUAUUGCAAUGUUCUUGGUUUUGUAUAUUUUGUGUCAUUGAGUUGGAAUAUGUGGUAAACUGAUAUAUUCCAUUUUGAUGUGUAAAUAUGCAGACAGAUGUAUUCCAUUUUGAUGUGUAAAUUGUCACUCUAAUUGGAUUUUUUU